CACACCAUGUGAAUCGAAUUCGUUACCAUGUACGGCUGCGGCCACCGCAUAUUCGACCCUUGACCGUGUGUAAACAAGAAGUGUGAACAUUAAGAGAGGAUUCCUGCGAAAGACAAAGGUGACUGCUCGAAAUGUGUCCUCGGCGCGAGGGGUACUUCAGAGGAGACGAAAACUGAGCCUCGUAGCUGUACGGCUUACUUCGUAGAUAGAUUACUAUAAUAAAUUAUGGACCCAGAAACACGCUUCUGCCUCUCCCAGUCUAUGAGCUGGUAUCUCCGGACUACCUCCAACAACGUCAUCGCAGUUGCUGCUGCCGUUGCUUCCCUCAUCGCCGAGUCAGACUCAGACUCAGACUCAGAUGAGAGUACUGAGCCGAGACAUUGCUGGCCGGCGGAAUCAUCUCCACAAUCUCCUCAGCGUCUUCCGACCAUUCGUCAACAGCGUCGGCAGAUGCAUCGUCCAGCGCUUGAUCAUGUACCGGACCUGGCGCAGUCGCCGGUUACCGAAACCGAGGAUACUCACCCAUGCUCAACUGCCGUGGAGCCUGAGGUGAAAGACAACACAAGAAAGCCAUUGAAGCCGCUGAAACCGACCAUGCUGUCUAGUAGUGCACAACCGACGUCGGCCGAUGCGCCGGUGAGUCCAGCCGGUUCUGAUGCUGCUGCGGCUGAAAGGGAGGCUUGCAUGAGGCUUCAAGAGUAGCGCUAUCAGUCUGAGGUAGUCUGAUAGUC